GUAAGAGGGUGUGAAACGUCAAACGCAAUGUUUACAUCCAACAGGCUGUGAAGAUUUUUGCUCCCGUUUGCGGAAUCUUCUUCGAUAAAGUGCUGCUGAAAAGAGUGCGCGAUGGCUUUCGGUGAUUAUCCGGCGGAAUACAACCCGAAGAUCCACGGACCUUACGACCCUGUCCGUUACUACGGCAAGCCGGAUACGCCCUUGAGCCAGGUGAAGUUGAUCGAACUGAGUGCUUGAUUUGGCCACCGUGACAAGAGCAAGGCUGCCGCUGGAGCCGUGAGCCGUACCUUUUGGAGAUGGCAACACAAAUACUGGAAACCCAAGCGGAUGGGAAUUGCCCCGUUCUUCCAGGCCUUUGUCGACGGAAUGGUGUUCUUCUAUGCCAUCAACUGCGGCAAACGGAAGCAUCACAGCAGGAACUACAAGUACCAUUAAACGAAGGCACCCUGGAUGCAGGGCAGUGAGAAGCGGAACCACAGUUCAUUAGAAAAGCGCGAUCCGUGGAGAACAAUUUAGGCAGGAUCCGGAGGGUGGUUCCGGCUUAUGGAAGAUAGACAUUAGGCAUAGAUUGGCAGACGGAUGCUGGCAUACGUGAAAAAUAAAAUGUGAAAAGCUA